AUGGCGUCCGAUCUGGAGACUAGGGCUAAAGAGGCAUUCAUUGACGACCACUUUGAACUCGCCGUUGACCUGUACACUCAAGCCAUAACGCUGAGCCCUAAGAACCCUGAACUUUUCGCCGACCGUGCUCAGGCCAAUAUCAAACUCAACUACUUCACUGAAGCUGUUGUUGAUGCGAACAAGGCCAUUGAGUUGGAUCCUACAAUGUCAAAAGCAUAUUUACGCAAGGGGUUGGCCUGUAUGAAGCUUGAAGAAUACCAAACUGCAAAGGCAGCUUUGGAAAUUGGUGCCAGUUUAGCACCAGGAGAGUUAAGAUUCAGUAAGCUAAUGAAAGAAUGUGAUGAACAUAUUGCAGAGGAAGCUGGCGAAUUGCCUAAUCUGUCGGUGGAUAAAACCUCAGCUAGUGUUGUUGCACAUCCUGCAUCUGAGUUACCGGACAAUGUUGCUAUUGCGCCUGAAGGUGCUCAACCAACGGUCAACCAGUCCCAUCAAGGAUCUGCUGCCAAACCAAAAUACAGACAUGAAUUUUAUCAGAAACCAGAGGAGGUGGUGGUGACUAUAUUUGCCAAGGGCAUACCAGCCAAGAAUGUUGUUGUUGACUUUGGUGAACAAAUACUUAGUGUUAGCAUUGAUGUGCCAGGUGAAGAAACUUAUUCUUUCCAGCCUAGGUUGUUUGGCAAGAUAACACCUGCAAAAUGCAGAUACGAAGUGAUGUCUACCAAAAUUGAGAUCCGCCUUGCGAAAGCUGAGCUGUUACACUGGACAUCGCUUGAGUAUACAACGGAACCUGUUGUAAUUCAGAGGCCUAUUGUGUCAUCAGCUGCCCCGCGGCCCAGUUAUCCUUCCUCAAAACUGAGAAAUGUAGAUUGGGAUAAACUAGAAGCUGAAGUGAAAAAAGAGGAAAAAGAUGAAAAAUUGGAUGGAGAUGCAGCAUUGAACAAAUUUUUCAGAGACAUUUACCAAGAUGCUGACGAGGACACUAGAAGAGCUAUGAUGAAAUCCUUUGUGGAAUCUAAUGGGACUGUUUUGUCGACAAACUGGAAAGAAGUUGGCACAAAGAAGGUUGAAGGAAGCCCUCCGGAUGGCAUGGAGCUGAAGAAAUGGGAGAUCUAG